AUGAGUAUCAGGGAUAGCUUAUUGAUAAUUGGCGAUUACAACCUACCCAACAUUAAAUGGAAACCAAGCAAAUCCAAUUUCUUCUAUCCCGAUGCUACACAAUCUUCUAUUAGCUCCACUGUCGCUAGGCUUAUCGAUGGUUAUAACUUGGCGCGUGUAUCCCAGUUGAAUUUUGUACAUAACAAUAACGGUCGGAUGCUUGAUCUUUGUUACGGUAGCAUUGAUGGAGAUGUAGACUUUUCAUUGAUCGAAGCACCUUCACCACUAGUAAAAUCUUCGAUUCACCAUCCUGCGCUGCUGGUCGAAGUAAGCGGUGUCUCACAAUGUGUGUUUUCGGAUCCCGUUGAAGCUGUUUACUACGACUUCAAGAAUGGCAAUUAUAUGGAUAUGAAUGCAUUCCUCUCCAACGUUAAUUGGAAUGAGCACAUCGAUCAAGACCUCAAUUCAUCAGUGACCCGUUUCUCCAACAUCGUAUUAUAUGCAAUAGAUCAAUUCAUUCCAAAACGAUCCAGUAAAUCGCCGCCUAAUCCACCAUGGGGAAACAACUAUCUUAAGUGCCUGAAAAGACGUAAACGGGCUGCUUUACGUAAAUACUCGAAAUAUAAAAGCCACCAGUGCAAACUCAACUAUAACUCAAUCAACGCUCGCUACAAGCGCUUGAACAAAAAACUGUACAUCGCUCAUCAACGAAAAGUGCAAGUAAAACUGCGCCAUAAUCCCAAAGGAUUCUGGAACUACGUCAACCAACAACGAAAAGAAUCUGGUCUUCCCACUGUCAUGACCAAUGGGAAUAUCGAAUGUUCAUCGACAGAAGACAUCUGUAAUUUAUUUCAACAGCAAUUCUCGAAUGUGUUCACCGACGAUUCCCUGGAAUUACACCAAAUCAAUGAAGCCGCUAACAACGUCCCUGUUCGUCCCCCAGUCGGAAACCACCCAAUCGUCGAUGCAGACACAGUAGCUGAUAUUUGCUGUACCGUAAAAGCUUCGACUAGUUGUGGACCAGAUGGAAUUCCUGCGUACGUCUUGAAGAAUUGUUCUAAUAGCCUAUCCGUACCUCUAGCCAGUCUCUUCAACGUAUCGCUUCAAGUCGGAACGUUUCCGGAGCAAUGGAAGAAAUCUUACCUAUUCGGUCUUUAA